GAAUGAAUGCACAAGAAUCGUAAAAAGGUAGCUUUUACAUCACAUGAUGUAUAGAUGUAAUAAACAACAUCAAACGAAAGUUUUUGUUUAUGUAUACAUUUUAUGUAUAAAGCGUAAUAGCCUAAUGUUGUGUGCAAUGAUUCAUAAUCUGUUUGUGUUAUAUAGGCGUUGAAUAUUCAUAUAAAUAUAAAAUCGUAAGGCAAAUAAAACAGCCGUAAUUUUAAUCAAAAAUUUAAAAACGUCGUGUAAAUGUUUGUAUUAUUUGAUAGUUGAAAUAUAGCCAUGGAAAGAAAACGGAAUCUAUUAAAUUUUGCUCAUUUUCUACUGGCUGCUGGUUUAAUUGGGAGUGCUACUGGCGUGAACCAAUGUUCGAAUCUACAGACUGGUACAACGGCUAAGAAAUGCUCGGAGACCUAUAUAGAUAGCUGUAACGUAUUUGCGAUGCUUAACAAUAUUGACAACGCGCAAAAAGGAAUACAGAUGAAAACACAAAGUCAACUCCGUGAUCUUGACAAGAAGGUGAACAGUAUACUGCAAAAACUAGAUCCUUGUUCAUCAAAUCCCUGCGCGAAUGGCAAAUGUAUGAAAGCUGGCGACGACUUUGUGUGCACGUGCGAAGCUGGUUAUUUUGGGAAAACAUGCACAAACAAAAUUACAGCUACUGAUUGCUAUGAAUUAAGACACAGAGGGAAUGUUACAAAGAGUGGCGUAUAUCAAAUACAAUUAUGGAGGUCACAGAUAUAUAUAGAGGUGUAUUGUGACAUGGAAACAGAUGGCGGGGGUUGGACGGUGUUUCAAAGACGUUACAACGGAGAUGUAGACUUUUACAGAAGCUUUAAAGAAUAUGAAAUGGGUUUUGGUGACGCAUAUGAAGAAUUUUGGCUAGGACUUCAGAAUAUAGAAGAAUUAAUAUCAAAAGGUACAACUGAGUUACGGAUAGACCUGACUGGAGCAGAUGACAGUUACUGGUUUGAGACUUACACUGACUUCAGACUUUCUUCAACCACCGAGUACUACCUGAACAUAUCCAUGGGUUAUAAAUCGUCAGGAAAUUCAAACUUUCGCAUGAUGCUUUAUAACGGCUACCCAUUUACAACAAAAGACAGAGACUUUGAUCUUGAAGUUCAAAACGACGUGAAAAUAGACAAAGAAGGUGAUAAUAGUGAUAAUGAUGAUGAUGACAAAACAAACUGUGGCGUCGUUAAUCAUAGCGGUUGGUGGCAUGGCUAUUGCAAAGCAAACCAUUUUGCGAAUUUAAACGGAGAAUAUUGCAAACCUGGUGAUGUAUCCAAAAUUAACGAAGGGUAUGGGGGAUUCUGGUAUAAAGAUUUCAAAGGGCUUGAAUGUUUAAAGACAUCAAAAAUGAUGAUAAGAAGAGUGUGAAAAUAGAAAACAUAAAAAUAUUAUUUGCACCACUGGUAUAAAGACAAUAUAUGGAAAUGGAGUUGAAUGGCGGUACAAAUAAACAACAGAUACCAAGGUAGUUCUCUUAUUUCAAAACGAAUUGAGGCAGUGCAAAGCUGUAGUUUCGACUUUAAAAAAACUGUAAGUUGUUGAAACAUUAGACCCAAGGUUUGUUUACGUGUGCCGCCAUUCAACUCCAUACCAUCCUUAUGUCAAAAGUAAAGUGAGAUUGCCACCCUGAUCUAAGGACCAUACGCCGUUGGUGGAAUUGCACUGAUCAGAAGUAAUGUAUCUGUGGAGUGCUUACAGAGGCAUACAAAUUUGCUGACUGACUGUCAAAUUACAACACUGGGAUAAACCAUAGUGACUGUUUGACCUAGUUUACAGGCCUGUAUGUGGUAAUAUCUGUGAGGAGUUGACCUAGCAACAAACAGAAAAGGCCGUGCUAAAAUUUUCACUGCUAAAACUGAAAAGAUCCAUACACCAAUUGUACAAAGAAUCCUAAAAGUCGCUUAAUGUAGGGUUAUCAAAAUAUUUCAGACCUGGCUUUUUUAACCAUGAAAAUGAACAGCAGUAAUAAAUGUGAGAACGGUUGAUGUCUCUCUCCUUCCAAGCUUAAGCUCAAGGUGUCACUAUAAGCUUGUUACUCUUGUACCAAAUUAAUACGGCGUUAUAAAUAAAAGCUAACUUAGAUAUCUCACCAUCACUCCGUUCACGCCUGAUAGCACCGUCUCAGAACAAGCCUUAUCACGCCAAUUUCCUAUAUUGUUAAGCCGAUGCUGCGGACGUUUACGGUAACUUGCACUUUACAUUACCGCCAAUGAACAGACUCAAUCUUACCGAGCCUGCAACAUAAUAAAUGUUUGCCCUUUUGGGUGUUCCUUAGUAUUCCAUUUCUCUCCAAUCUAUUUCCUAAAUCAGAAUACGUUACCGAUUAAUUCAUUUUAAGCCCUCUUAAGGGGCGAUAGUUUAAAAUGAUGGGUUAACCUAUUUCCGAAAUAAAUAUUUUGUUAUAAAAAAAAACAACAAAAAA